AUGAUAAGAGAUCUUCAAGUGGUACGAAUUGGAGAACAAAUUUUGGUGAAGAAGGAAGGUAGUGUAAGCUUCAGACUUAGCCGAACCACCAGUUUGGGGUCAUCCAGGCCUUGUCCUGUUUCUUCUGCAAGUCUCUCAAUAAUUGACAAUGAAGAUGAGUGUAAUCUCCACCCUAGAUCUCCUGGAAGUUCGAUUAACAGAAGAGAAGCACUACAAGGCAAUGACCUGCUUCAUGCAUCUGUUUUCAAUCAAAUUCAUGUACAAUCUUAUGAAGAUGCUUCCAGUAAUUUAAGGUCAAGUGUCCUUACAUCAGGUACACUUGGAAACUUGCAGAGAAAUCCCACAGAUGGAGUUCCCACAAGAGAAGGGCUGGAUGUGAACUUAUUUUCUCCAAGAAUUCAAACAGAGACAGAAAUUGAUGACACUAGAAAUAUUGAUCAACGAAAUGGUGCUCGAGAAUCAGUUGAACAGAAUGUUCAUUUUAGCCGAACUUUAAGUGUUGGAAGACUUCAUGACAGAGUUCUUCGUAGAACAACAUUUUCAGACCUCACCUUUUUCCCUUUGCAACAGGAAAGAGAGCCGAGAGAUGAUAGCCACCAUAGCCAGGAUAUUGACAGGCAACCGGUGGAGGGAGAUUCAAGAGUGUCGUCAUCUGAUCACAUGACAGUUAAUUCUUCUACAUCUAGCAAGUCUAACUCCAUGUUUGGUAUCCAAGACUAUGAGGAUGAGGCUUCACGAUUGAGAGAAGGUAGGCAUCAGGAUCUUCUGGAGCAUAAGUCCAAUUUCCUUGAACGGAGAAGAAGAAUGCGGUCCCAGUUUGUGCAACUUGUUAUCACUUUUACAGCAUCUGCAAGUAUUACAUACUAUAGAGAUGCUAUAUAUGCCUCGUGGAGUAUGAGGAUGGAGACAACAUGA